AUGGCCGCUCGUACCGUUCCAGGCGCUGCUGAAAAGCCCGCCCGUCGCGCAGUGCCUGGUGCUCCUCCACUGCCACCAGCAAAGCCUGGUAAGAAAUCAAAAGGCGGCGCAGCCAAAAAUGGAGAUGCUGUCAAAGUACCCAAUCCCACCGCGGCUGCUUUUUUGGAAAAAGCACCGGAAACCCCAAACCAAGUUGCCAACGCACUCAAAGUCACCGCCCAAGACCUUGCAGAGCAGGCUGAGGCGCAAGCUGCUGUGGCUGCGGUUCAAACCAUCGAGGCAUCCACCCAAUCCAUCUCCGCACCUACACCUGCGCAGAAGGUCAUCAGCAACCGUAUCGCCGAGCUCUCAUCUAAGAGCAAAAACGCAACAAUCACUAUCGCCAUCGAUGAGCUAAAGAGCCUGCUCAACAAAGUGCAGCAAGUCGAAUCCGACUCCGAAUCCAUAUCCGUAUCCGUAUCCGCACCUUCGGCAUCAAGCACUUCGGCAGAGUCGGAUAGCAAGGCUCACCUCGUUCUGCUCCUCCAGUUCCUUCACCUCUUCAACCUCUUCCAUCCCAACCCCGCUGGUCCGUCCACCUUCGCACCUUCACGUACCAUGCCUCGCGCACUCGAAAUGUCAACAGGUCAACAAGUCGCAGCACUCGCAAAGGUGUACGAUCAGCUUGCCAAUGGACCCCUGGAAGGCGGAGGCGGAGAUGCGUUCCAAAUUCUGGACAACAUCAAAAACGGUUCCGACGACCAAGUUUUUGCUGACGUCAGCUUUUCCACGAUUCGUUCCAUGAUCCUCAACCUCACCGCUCCGCCCGCAGCAGCGUCGAGCGAAUCUCAGCCCGAGCCUUCUGGGCUCGACAGUGCACCCAAGAACUUUGUGUUUCUCGACAAGCCAUCACCGAGCGCAGCACCUGUUUCCUUUAUCCAGGCCAGUGAGAUCCUCGAUCGUUCCGCCGCAGAGCCCAAAGGCGACCAGCCCUCAAAUGUUUCUGCCACAGGCGCUACCGAGACGAUCAAUGGCAAGCAAGGUGGUGGCGGAACCGUUUCUAGCAAAAAGAACGUCACCUCGAGCAGAGCAGACGAAACCUCCGCCUCAGCCGUUCAACAGCCCAUCCAAACGGCUGUCAAGAGCGUAGCAGAACCCAAGCUAAAUUGGGCCACUCUGGCCGAGGAAGAUGACGACGAUCUCGGCGAAGCCCCCGUGUUCGAACCGCUUCCAUCCAGCACCGCUUCGGCUCUUGUCACUCCUGCACCAGGCACGCCAACUACGCUCGGACGCCAAUCGUUUGCUGCUAGCGCUGCUAGUGCUGCCGUCAAGCCGACUGUGCCAGCCUCUUCUGCCAAUGCGGCCGAGGGCUCCCAGUCACCCAAGUCCAAGAAGGGCAAGCAGAACAGCGGAUCCAAGGGUAACCCAGGUGCGCGCAACGGCAACGGCAACGGAAACGGCAACACCAGUGCCGCAAACGCGAAAAUCGCAGCUGCGGCACCAAAGGCGCCCAAAGGACCCAAAGUCGAUCAAGACGGCUUCAUCCUGCAAGAGAGCAAAAAGACAAAGUACCUGCAGCAGAAGCAACAGCAACAGCAGCAACGAGCAAGCGGCGGUGGAAGAGGUAGCAAAGGUGGCGCAAAUGCAGGGCGGGGUGCAAGAUUCAAUGCCGGAGGGGCAAACCGGGCAACAAAGAGCGCGGAAGCGACAACACCCAUCGCUGAAGUUCAGUAG